UCUCUCUCUCUCUCUCUCUCUCUCACACACACACACACACACACACACUCGUCUUUGAGCGCCUCGUCUCUCCUCGGAUCUCUGACUGACGGAGAAUCUUUCACUGGAGUAUAAACAUCGCACAUGAAGAGGGUUAAAGUCAUUAAUGAUGGAGAUUAUUGUUAAUGAGCGACGCGUGAGCUGCUGGAUGAUUAAUGAACGCGCUGGAUUACGCGCGUCAGGACGCGUCGCGAUGCAUCAACGCGUUCACCAUUAGAACAGCUGGAGCUCAACGGGUGCAGCGCUGCAGUCAGUCUUCAGUAUGAGAGCGGCUCUGAACAUCAGUGUCGCUCUGGUUCUGUUUCCGAUCUUCAUGUGUCAUCAGACAACAAGGCAGAGCGGUUCUGAAGGAGCGGCGUGGAGGUCGUGGAGCUCCUGGGGUUCGUGGGGCGAGUGUUCGCGCUCCUGCGGCCGAGGAGUUCAGGAACAGACCAGAGUCUGUCUGACACAGUAUCCAGCAGCACAGAACACGCCGAACCCGAGACGCCUGACGUAUGGAUGGAGGCGAGCGAACAGUAGCCGCAUCAGUCCAGGGACGUACGGAUACAGAACGAUGCCAUAUUCAACGCCUCUUCAGAAAGAAUCCAGCCGAACGGCACACAAACAGAGACGAUCAGCAUCAAACGUCCCACACCGGAGCUACAGGACUCAUCAGAGAAGCCCGUAUCAAAACACUCGCUCUCACACAGCCACCCAACACACCCGAGCGCUGAUGAACACCGCAGCCGUGCAGAGCCCAGCACCAAACCCCUGCCCUGGAGCCCCGAACCGGCACAAGAUCUGCAACAGCACGGCCUGUCCGUCACCCAGCAGACCAAUCAGAGAGCUGCAAUGCUCCGCCUUCAACACGCAGCUCUUCAUGGGACGAUUCUACCAGUGGGAACCUUUUAAUGACGUUUCCAGCGAGCAGAGCUGUGAGCUCAACUGCCUCGCCGUCGGCUUCCGUUUCUACGUGCGUCAGGCGGACAGAGUCAUGGACGGCACUCCGUGUGGACAGAACCAGACGUCUGUGUGUGUGGCAGGACAGUGUCAGGUAGGAAUCAGAUACUCACUGCACUAUUAUGCUUCCAGGUGUCAUUUUUUGAUAUGCUCGUCUUAGACAUUUAUAUACUAUACUGAAUCAGAUAUGC